CUAAACUUGCAUUAAUUAAAAAUAAAAUACUUUCUGAAAUAGUAUGGAGAAAAGAAAGAAAAUAAAAUAAAAAACUACUAGUCUGAACUUGAAUUAAUUAAAAAUAAAAUAUCCAAAUCAGUGCCAGAUCAUAAACCGAUAAAAGUCCACAAAGAGAGGCACGUCAUCAGAUGUCCCCACCCUCCAACUUCAAUUUCAAGCAAUGAAAGGAUGGACCCAAACUCCUUAAAACAAACAAUUAAACAAAGCCCAAAGACGAGCGUACAGUUUAGUCCAAAAACGACAUAGACCUUCACCAUUCCGAAACCUUCGAAGUUUUGAGAUCCCGAAUUCCUUUCACCUCACUUCACAACAUGCUGCACCAACAAUUCUUUGAACCUUACAGUAAUCUAAUCUUACAAACAACACUCACCGUCUCACUUACUCUGUUUCUCGUAUUCCUCAAAAUCCCCAUCUUUUUCCUUCAAGGCCUUUUCACUUACAUCCACCCUGACAAUCUUCCCCAGCAAAACGGUGUCAAAGCUGCCAUUAGAAGACCCUCUUCUUCUGAUUCCAAUUCCACCCUCGACAGCUCUCAGAAUUUAUCAUCCAAGUCUAAUUCUGAUUUUAAAAGGAGAAAUAAUAAAUCUAAAGAAAAGUUUGAGUUUGAUGAAAACAAUGCCCAGAUCUUUAGGUUAAAGCUCGACGAAGCUCAUCUUCAAUCUCGUAUCUAUUUUAAUGAUUAUUGGUAUUCUUUUAUUUACUCACUAGUUGCUCUUUCUUCUUUCUUGCUUUAUAAGUACUUGGGUGGUGUGCUUGAAAAAGAUGGGAUUUUGACAGAUGGGUCCUUAAUUCCACUGAUUUUAGGAUUUGUUGGUAUAUACAAAUUGUUUAUGUCGUUAGCAAGAUUAUCUUUUGAGAAAUCUGCUUCCAAGAGGUCUGAUAAACAAUUGAGCGUGCUUUUUGGGGUUUUAGGGUUUCUUUUCGGGUUCUUGAUUUGUUCUGGAGCUGGACAUUCUGUUCUUGAUUUUGAUUUUAGUUCAUUUGAUGGGAAAGGAAGGCUUUUUGUUGCUGUUCUAAUGGGGCUUCUUUCUGGGUUUUUGUAUAUGCCCGCCGGGAAAAAUGCUCGUGCAUUUUGGAUCGGAACAGAUCAGCUUCAGUCUAAUUUGAGUAUGAUAUACUGCGGAUGGUUUGCUAGAAUGAUCCUGUAUGCCAAUUUUUUAUUGGUCUUUUUCACAGCAUUGCUUUGGAUUAGUCCAUUAACUGAUAUUCUAAUUAGCAAGAGUGUUGAUAUGAAAACAAGCAGCGGUAGUAUUAGGAAUGCUGAGAAGUUAGUUGGAAAUGUGGGUUUUACAGUAUCAGAUUUUACAAGGUUUAGGCUUUGGUGCUUGUUGCUUUCGGGACUUGUCCAAAUCAUGGCAUUACGGCCUAACUUGCAAAUGUAUUUGAAUGAAGCAUUGUUUUCUUGGUACCAGCGGUUGCAUGCCAGCAAGGUUCCUGAUUUGGAUUUCAGUAGAGCCAAAGUUUUUCUGCACAAUCACUACUUAUGUCUUGUAGUUGUGCAGUUUAUUGCACCACCUUUCCUGGUACUUCUCUUCCUUGGCUUAUGUCAGAUUGAUGGUACCUCAUUUAAGAAUUUCGAAUUGUUAUGCAGCGUACUCCCUUGUACUGCUUUUAUGAAAGAAAUGACUUUGUUAAUGGCUUGGUGGGUUAUCUUUCUCUGGACAGUUUUUACUUCAGCAAGCCUACUCUUGUACCGUCGUGGCAUUUUGUAUGUUUCUUGAUCGUCUCUGACUUUUGUGGUGACCUCCAAUACUGGGUCCCAGACUUAAAGUUUUUCUUCUUUUUUUUAUUAUGAGCGAUCGAGGGUUUGUUUGUAACGGAUUCUUACUUAAUUGAUACAUAUGCAGUACAUUGAGAACACAA